GCCAUAUUGCUCUCAUGUCGUUAGAAGUGACUUAAACGAAACAUUUCUGAGGACAUUUGGAAGGGUUUUUAUGUAAUUUCUGUUGUACAUUUUGGUUCAAUUUGUAUAGCUUUAACGUGAGCGAAAAACGCGGGGGAAAAGAUGGCGUUUCCCUACGUGUUCACCCCGACUGGUCAGCCACUGUUGCUGACUGGUCAGCCAGUGUUGAUCACUGGUCAACAACCAAUGCAGAUGCAACUGGCACCUCAACUACAACCACAACCACCCCCACAGUUACCGCCUAUACCACAGCCACCACCACAGCCCGUGCAGCCAAAACCCCCAGAUUACAUGUCGGAGGAGAAACUGCAGGAGAAAGCUCGUAAAUGGCAACAGCUGCAGUCAAAGAGAUAUGCAGACAAACGCAAGUUUGGAUUUGUUGAUGCCCAGAAAGAGGAGAUGCCCCCAGAGCAUGUACGCAAGAUCAUUCGGGAUCAUGGUGAUAUGACCAACAGGAAAUUCCGACAUGACAAAAGAGUCUAUUUAGGGGCCCUCAAAUACAUGCCUCAUGCUGUCAUGAAGCUACUGGAGAACAUGCCAAUGCCCUGGGAACAGAUCCGAGAUGUGAAGGUCCUCUACCAUAUCACCGGUGCCAUAACAUUUGUUAAUGAAAUCCCUUGGGUUGUCGAGCCCAUUUACAUCGCACAGUGGGGCUCUAUGUGGAUUAUGAUGAGGCGAGAGAAACGUGAUCGUCGCCACUUCAAGAGAAUGCGAUUCCCACCAUUUGAUGAUGAAGAACCACCCCUUGACUACGCUGACAAUGUGCUGGAUGUUGAACCUUUGGAAGCCAUCCAGUUAGAACUGGAUACUGAUGAAGACAAGGCGGUGAUGAACUGGUUCUAUGAACACAAGCCACUUGCUGAUACCAAGGAUGAGGACUGGAAUGAAUUUAACGACAUUAACAAGAUAAUUAUCCGACAGCCUGUUCGCACAGAAUAUCGGAUUGCAUUUCCAUAUCUUUACAACAACAUUCCUUUUCAGGUGCAUCUCUCCUGGUACCACAAGCCUAACGUGGUUUACAUCAAGACAGAAGAUCCUGAUUUACCUGCUUUCUAUUUUGACCCCUUGAUAAACCCCAUCUCUCACAGACAUGCCACUAAGGGUACUGAACCUUUGCCAGACGAUGACGAAGAUUUUGAACUUCCUGACUACGUGCAAGCCUUCAUGCAGGAAACCCCCCUCUACACUGACAACACAGCUAAUGGCAUCUCCUUGCUUUGGGCCCCAAGACCGUUCAAUUUGCGCUCUGGUAAAACCCGUAGAGCCAUUGAUGUUCCCUUGGUAAAAUCAUGGUACCGGGAACACUGCCCGGCUGGAAUGCCUGUCAAAGUGAGAGUCUCCUACCAGAAGUUAUUGAAAUAUUAUGUGCUGAAUGCCCUCAAACAUCGACCACCAAAGGCCCAAAAGAAAAGAUAUCUGUUCCGCUCAUUCAAGGCGACCAAAUUCUUCCAGACGACCCAGUUGGACUGGGUGGAGGUUGGCCUACAGGUGUGUCGUCAGGGGUACAACAUGCUUAACCUGUUGAUCCAUCGUAAAAAUCUCAACUAUCUACAUUUGGACUACAACUUCAAUCUGAAACCUGUCAAGACCCUCACCACAAAGGAGAGAAAAAAAUCUCGUUUCGGCAAUGCUUUCCAUCUGUGUCGAGAAAUCCUUCGUUUAACAAAACUAGUGGUGGACAGCCAUGUACAGUAUCGUCUUGGCAACGUUGAUGCCUUCCAGUUAGCCGAUGGAUUACAAUACAUCUUUGCCCACGUUGGUCAACUAACAGGUAUGUACCGGUACAAAUACAAACUGAUGCGACAGAUUCGAAUGUGCAAGGAUUUGAAACAUCUCAUCUACUACAGAUUCAACACAGUAAGUCAUUUCUACAGACAUACUAUAGGUAAUUUCUACAUUCACGCAUGUAUACAUAUGUACAUGCAUACACUGGCUUAUAGGCAGUCCUGGCGCUGUUGGAAGGCGAAUAUACCUUGGAAGGUUCCAGGCCUUCCCAUUCCAAUUGAAAACAUGAUACUCCGAUACGUGAAGGCCAAAGCUGAUUGGUGGACCAACACAGCCCACUACAACAGAGAGAGAAUUCGACGUGGUGCCACGGUUGACAAGACAGUGUGCAAGAAGAACCUUGGACGUCUCACUCGACUUUACUUGAAGGCGGAACAAGAACGACAGCACAAUUACCUGAAGGACGGUCCUUACAUCACCGCUGAAGAAGCUGUGGCUAUUUACACGACCACUGUACAUUGGUUGGAGAGCCGACGCUUCUCACCAAUUCCGUUCCCCCCGCUGUCCUACAAACACGACACCAAAUUACUGAUCCUUGCCCUGGAAAGACUGAAGGAAGCUUACAGUGUGAAGAGCCGUCUGAACCAGUCCCAGAGAGAAGAACUUGGCCUCAUUGAACAGGCUUACGACAACCCUCACGAAGCCCUGUCUCGUAUCAAACGUCACUUGUUGACGCAGCGAGCUUUUAAAGAGGUGGGUAUUGAAUUCAUGGACCUGUACAGCCACCUGGUGCCAGUCUAUGAUGUGGAACCACUUGAGAAAAUUACUGAUGCCUACCUUGAUCAAUACCUCUGGUAUGAAGCUGACAAACGCCGUCUCUUCCCCCAGUGGAUCAAACCAGCCGAUACAGAGCCUCCACCCCUUCUCGUAUACAAAUGGUGUCAAGGUAUCAACAACCUCCAAGAUGUCUGGGACACAGCAGAAGGUGAAUGCAAUGUGCUACUGGAGUCUAAAUUUGAGAAAAUGUACGAGAAAAUCGAUUUGACUUUAUUGAACAGACUUCUACGAUUGAUUGUUGAUCACAACAUUGCUGAUUACAUGACGGCCAAAAAUAACGUGGUAAUCAACUACAAGGACAUGAACCACACAAAUUCGUAUGGAAUCAUCCGAGGUUUGCAGUUCUCCUCAUUCAUUGUCCAGUUCUAUGGACUGGUCAUGGACCUGCUUGUGCUGGGCCUGCACCGUGCCAGUGAGAUGGCCGGACCCCCACAGAUGCCAAAUGACUUCCUUACAUAUCAGGAUGUGACUACAGAGACGGCCCAUCCAAUAAGACUGUUCUGUCGUUAUAUUGACAGGAUCCAUAUAUUCUUCAGGUUCACUGCAGAGGAAGCCAGGGACCUCAUCCAGCGCUACCUCACUGAACACCCUGACCCCAACAACGAGAACAUUGUCGGUUACAACAAUAAGAAGUGUUGGCCACGGGAUUCUCGGAUGAGAUUGAUGAAACACGAUGUCAACUUGGGCCGAGCUGUGUUUUGGGACAUCAAGAACCGACUGCCACGCUCCGUCACCACCAUCCAGUGGGACAACAGCUUCGUGUCGGUCUACAGCAAGGACAACCCGAACCUGCUGUUCAACAUGUCAGGCUUCGAGUGUCGCAUCCUGCCCAAGUGCCGCACCACCCAUGAGGAGUUCACGCACCGUGACGGCGUGUGGAACCUGCAAAACGAAGUGACCAAAGAGAGGACAGCACAGUGCUUCUUGCGCGUCGACGAGGAGUCAAUGAACCGCUUCCACAAUCGUGUCCGCCAAAUACUGAUGGCCUCAGGCUCAACCACUUUCACCAAGAUCGUCAACAAAUGGAACACAGCCCUAAUCGGUCUAAUGACCUACUUCCGUGAGGCUGUCGUCAACACCCAGGAGCUACUCGACCUGCUGGUCAAGUGCGAGAACAAAAUCCAGACCCGUUCAUACACAAUAUCGUGUACUCUAAAUGUACUCUUUUACAGAUACAUCAUGCCAUGGGAGAGUGAAUUCAUUGAUUCUCAGCGAGUAUGGGCCGAGUACGCACUCAAAAGACAAGAAGCUAAUGCACAAAACAGGAGACUGACCCUGGAAGAUUUGGAAGACAGUUGGGAUCGUGGUAUACCUCGUAUCAACACCCUGUUCCAGAAAGAUCGACACACCCUGGCCUAUGACAAGGGCUGGCGUGUCAGGACGGAGUUCAAACAGUAUCAGGUAUUAAAACAGAACCCAUUCUGGUGGACCCAUCAGAGGCAUGAUGGGAAAUUGUGGAACCUGAACAACUACCGAACAGACAUGAUCCAAGCACUGGGUGGUGUUGAGGGCAUCUUGGAACACACUCUAUUCAAAGGAACAUACUUCCCCACUUGGGAAGGUCUUUUCUGGGAAAAGGCCAGCGGAUUCGAAGAAUCAAUGAAAUACAAGAAACUGACCAAUGCCCAGCGAUCUGGUUUGAACCAGAUCCCUAACCGGCGCUUCACCCUGUGGUGGUCACCAACAAUCAACAGAGCCAAUGUCUAUGUUGGUUUCCAAGUCCAACUUGAUUUGACUGGUAUUUUCAUGCACGGCAAAAUCCCAACCCUGAAAAUUUCCUUGAUCCAGAUUUUCCGUGCCCAUUUAUGGCAGAAGAUCCACGAGAGCGUCGUGAUGGAUCUGUGCCAAGUGUUUGACCAGGAACUGGACGCUCUCGAAAUUGAGACGGUCCAGAAAGAAACCAUUCACCCCCGCAAGUCGUACAAAAUGAACAGCUCCUGUGCCGAUAUCCUGCUGUUUGCCACCUACAAAUGGAAUGUCUCGCGGCCAUCACUGCUCGCUGAUUCCAAGGACGUGAUGGACAAUGCCAACACCCAAAAGUACUGGAUUGAUGUCCAACUCCGAUGGGGUGACUACGACUCGCACGACAUUGAGAGGUAUGCUCGGGCUAAGUUUUUGGACUACACCACUGACAACAUGAGCAUUUACCCCAGUCCCACCGGUGUGCUCAUCGCCAUAGACCUUGCCUAUAAUCUCCACAGUGCCUAUGGUAACUGGUUCCCCGGCUGCAAACCCCUCAUUCAACAGGCGAUGGCCAAAAUCAUGAAGGCUAACCCUGCCCUGUAUGUGUUGCGGGAGCGCAUCCGUAAAGGUUUGCAGCUAUAUUCCUCUGAACCUACUGAGCCCUACCUCAGCUCCCAAAACUAUGGUGAGCUUUUCUCCAACCAAAUAAUUUGGUUUGUUGAUGACACCAAUGUCUACAGAGUGACUAUACACAAGACGUUUGAAGGGAAUUUAACAACGAAACCCAUCAACGGAGCCAUUUUCAUUUUCAAUCCUCGAACUGGACAGUUGUUCCUAAAAAUCAUUCACACUUCCGUGUGGGCUGGUCAAAAACGUUUGGGCCAGGUGAGUUUUCUCCCUUCAUUUUACUUCUUGCUCAGUUGUGUUCGUUCCCUUCCUGUUGAGGAACAACCCAAACAGAUUAUUGUCACCCGUAAAGGAAUGUUGGAUCCCCUUGAGGUCCAUUUACUUGAUUUCCCUAACAUUGUCAUCAAAGGAAGUGAGCUACAGUUACCAUUCCAAGCUUGUCUAAAGGUUGAGAAGUUUGGCGAUCUGAUCUUAAAGGCCACUGAACCUCAGAUGGUGUUGUUUAACCUGUAUGAUGACUGGUUGAAGACUAUUUCAUCUUAUACUGCAUUCUCUCGACUCAUCCUGAUAUUGCGUGCCCUCCAUGUGAACAAUGACCGCACGAAAAUCAUCUUGAAACCCGACAAGACCACCAUUACAGAACCCCAUCACAUCUGGCCGGCCCUCGGUGAUGAAGAGUGGAUCAAGAUUGAAGUCCAGCUCAAAGACCUCAUCCUAGCUGAUUACGGCAAAAAGAACAAUGUCAAUGUAGCAUCGCUGACCCAGUCUGAAAUCCGAGACAUCAUUCUCGGUAUGGAGAUCUCGGCGCCAUCGGCCCAGCGCCAACAGAUUGCCGAGAUUGAAAAACAGACAAAGGAGCAAACUCAGCUGACUGCGACCACAACCCGCACUGUGAACAAACAUGGUGACGAGAUCAUCACCUCGACGACGAGCAACUAUGAAACGGCGACCUUUGCUUCGAAGACAGAGUGGCGCGUCCGAGCGAUCUCCGCGACCAACCUGCACCUGCGAACCAACCACAUUUAUGUGUCAUCUGAUGACAUCAAAGAGACAGGGUAUACAUAUAUUCUGCCCAAGAACAUCCUGAAAAAGUUCAUCAUCAUCUCUGAUUUGAGGGCCCAGAUUGCUGGCUACCUGUACGGAGUCAGUCCUCCAGAUAACCCCCAGGUGAAGGAGAUUCGCUGUAUAGUAAUGCCACCCCAGUGGGGCACUCACCAAAGAGUCCAUCUACCCAACAUGUUACCAGAGCACGAGUAUUUACAGGAAAUGGAAGCCCUAGGCUGGGUCCACACUCAACCCAAUGAACUGCCACAGCUUUCACCUCAAGACAUCACCACCCAUGCAAAGGUUAUGGCAGACAACCCCACCUGGGAUGGUGAGAAGACUGUCAUCAUCACCUGCAGUUUCACGCCAGGUUCCUGUUCACUCACUGCCUACAAACUGACCCCUAGUGGUUACGAGUGGGGUCGACAGAACACUGACACGGGUAACAACCCCAAGGGCUACCUACCGUCCCACUACGAGAAGGUACAGAUGUUACUCUCUGACCGAUUCCUUGGAUUCUUCAUGGUUCCAGCACAGAGUUCCUGGAAUUAUAACUUUAUGGGUGUCCGACACGACCCCAACAUGAAAUAUGACUUACAGCUUGCCAACCCAAAAGAGUUCUACCACGAAGUACAUCGACCUUCACAUUUCUUGAAUUUCUCCGCCUUGGAAGACGCCGAGAACGUGGGUGCCGACAGAGAAGACCUUUACACAUAACAAAGACCCUUUUUUUCUUUCAUUCUUUUUUUUUUUUGUGGAUUCCUUGUGUGUUUGUCACUUUUUCUCCUCCUCCUACUUCUCCUUCUUGGGUCUCUUUUCUUCCCCUUGGGCCUGAGCAAGGGUAUAUCCCCAACAAACUUAUAUAUAUAUAUCGAAAUAUGAUGUAUGUAUAUGUAUGCAUGUGUGUGUGUGUAUAUAUGUACGUAUAGGUAUGUAGAUGUAUAUGUACGUAUAUAUAUAUAUAUAUAUACACACACAUAUAUACAUACAUACAUAUACAUAUAUAUGUUCAAUUUUCUUGUCUGAAGAAAUUUCCUUCCCAAUUUGUUCAAAAUUUUUUUCCAAUUCUAUUCUGUUGCCAUGGUAACUGUGUUGUCAUUGCUCUGUUACUGGUUGCUAUGUGGCCUCUUGCCAUAGUAACACUAACCAUCCCAUCAUCUUUGUGGCCUGUCAGCAUGGCAACACAAGCGCGUUCUUUUUCCAUUAAAACCAUUUUCACAGUAACAGCAACAUCAGUUUUUUCUCGACGCCAGUGUGUCUCCUGUUGUCAUGGUAACAGUGUCCUGACUCUCAGACUUCUGACCUAAGUCCUCGGGUCUGCUAAUCAUAUCAUUUUCGCCAUUCGUCAUGAGCAGGGGUUCUCAACCAUUUUUUAAUCUAUGAACCCCUUUGAUUACUGUCUUAUUCUGGUGGGCCCCCAUAGCCAUUCGAUGUUUAAAAACUAAGUUUUCUAGAAACUUCUUUCAAAAUUCCUAUUUUGUUUUCCACACAUUAACUUGUGUAGGUUGAACCAUGUCAAAAUAUUCGAGAGGGAAACUAAGCUGUUGUCUUGCAAUACAUACAUCUAAAGCAAAAUGUUUUCAAGAGCCCUUAAAAUGCUCUUUCAUGGACCCCC